GCGUUAUGACAUAUUUCAAUAUUUAGAUAUUUUAAUCGGUUUGAUAAAAAUGUUGAAAAUGGUUCUGCUCUUUAUUCUUCUUCUGGAAAAGAUAGAUGCAAGAUUUAGCAAACCAAACUUACGUCUCUUGAAUUCAAAAAAAUUUUUGAAUUUGCAAGAAACGUAUGGUUUUCUGCACAAACUUUCUAAAUUGGCUCCCAAAUCCAUGGAACUUAAAAAAAUUGGGGAUACGUUUAUCCCAGGGAAAGAUUAUGAAAAUGAUAUUUUUGUGGUGAUCAUUGGCAACACUUCAAAUCCUAUUUUGUUUUUUGAUUGUGGAAUGCAUGCACGGGAAUGGAUUUCCCCCGCCACGUGUUUGUAUAUUAUCCAGAAACUUGUAAUUGUUUUCGAAACGGUGAGACGGACUCCAUUUGAGCACCCUGUUCUUGAUUACCAAUGGCAAAUUGCUCCCAUGAUGAAUCCAGAUGGAUAUAAUAAAUCGCAUUAUGAUAACCGGCUUCAGAGGAAAAAUGGACGGCCUCUCAACUUAAUGUCUGGUUAUGAUAUGAAACUCAACAGAGGAUGUCUUAAAAGUUGUAAAAUAAAUCCGGAUGAAUGUCUCGGGGUUGACUUGAACCGUAAUUUCCCAAGUGGAUUUGGUCAAGGAUAUGAGAGUUUCGAGAUAGACAGUAACCUCAUUUGCUCGGAUGUAUACAAGGGGCCAACUUAUCUAAGUGAACCUGAAACUCAAGCAUUACACAAUUAUAUAUUACGCAUUAGAAAGAAUAUACUCUCUGCAAUAUCCAUACAUUGCUACUCAAUGGUUAUAUCAUAUCCAAAUGGUUGGAUGAAGAAGGGAGAUAAGAAUCAAGUGACAGGAAAAGAUCUUAAUCGGUUUAAAUCUUUUGUAAAGACAACCAAUACUUUUCUUAACUAUAAAACCGGUUUUGUGUAUGAAGUAUUUGGUGAAGAGGGUGUGAGCGGAGGGGCUACUGAUGAUUAUUAUUAUAACUAUCAUGACAUAAAGAUUUCGUUGACACUAGAAUUAGAUCCAGAUUCAAGCACAUCAAAUGGUUUUGUUAUAUCACCUAAAAAGAUUAUUCCAAUAGCCAAUAAACUAUGGAAAACCUUCCAGCUAAUAGCUGAUAAAAUGAAAGAUUUCAAAGAGGAACUCAUGGAGUUAAAUAAAAGAUAUGAGCAGAAAAAGCUGCAUCCAUAUGUUUGAUGUUAUGUAAACUUAAAAAUCAUAAUUCGAAAUAAAGAAAUACUUGAAG